AUGGACGAUGUGGUGAAGACGGAAGAUUUUGAAGCCUCAUCAGUGUCGUUGGUGCCGCUGUCAACUGAUGUUCAGAGGUUGAUAGUGGACUAUCGAAAUUCACCAGAAUGUGACGUUGUGGGAACCCAAAAAAGUAAGACUGUUAAAGGCAAAAUAUUUUCAUCAUUUUCUCCAAGUAGUUGGCGAACAUUGACAAAUUUGUUGUUGCGGCAGGUGGCUGUCGUUUAUACUGUAGAAUUGACUGUGUCGGCCUGUUGCGGAGUGAGGAGUAGUUGGAUUUUUGGCGAGACUAGAUAA